UCGUUUCCAUGGGGCUCUAUAAAUAGAGCUAUAGAAUUUUGAGAGUUUUGGUCAUGUGUACCCAUUUUAUGUUUACACACAAAUUAGAUUCCGAGUGUAAUGUGUGUAUAUAUAUAUCUCUCUGUAAAAGUCUAGCCAAGAUCGCAACAACAAAAUUAAAAUAGGCUAGUGGGCGCUUCCAAUGGAAGAAGUCGGAGGAGAAAUACAUAAAAAAAGUACGAAAGAGAGUUUAAUAUUAUUGCCAAAACAAAGAGAAGAAGAAGAUUUAGAAGAAAAAAUUUGCUCAAGUAGUUCUAGUGCGUGUGCUUUAACAUGGAGUGUUUUGUUACAAGAAGUGAAGAGAUUGGGAUGCAUAGCAGCACCACUUGUGGCUGUGAUUUUGUCGCAGUAUUUGUUGCAGGUCAUUUCCGUCAUGAUGGUCGGUCACCUUGGCGAGCUUUCUCUCUCUAGCACAGCCUUAGCCAUUUCUCUCUCUGGGGUCACCGGCUUCAGUCUUCUGUUAGGAAUGGCGGGUGCACUAGAAACUAUAUGUGGGCAAGCAUAUGGAGCUGAGCAAUAUAAAAAACUUGGACGUCAAACUUACACUGCCAUAUUUUCCAUGUUCUUGGUUUGCCUCCCUAUAUCUUUAAUUUGGAUCUACAUGGGAAAGUUACUUGUUUUAAUUGGUCAAGACCCUAUUAUUUCUCAUGAAGCUGGCAGAUUCGCAAUUUGGCUUGUUCCUGCUCUCUUCGCUUAUGCAACUCUUCAAGCACUUAUUAGAUACUUUCAGACCCAAAGCUUGAUGCUUCCUAUGUUCAUAAGCUCCUGUGUGACCCUUUGUUUUCACAUUCCUCUGUGUUGGGUUUUGGUGUUCAAGUCCGGACUGGAAAACGUUGGAGGUGCAUUGGCAAUAAGUAUUUCCUAUUGGUUGAAUGUGAUUCUACUUGUGUUGUACAUGAAGUUUUCUCCUUCUUGUGCAAAAACUCGGGUUCCGAUUUCUAUGGAGCUUUUCCAAGAUAUCGGAGAAUUUUUUCGCUUUGCCAUCCCUUCUGCAGUAAUGUUAUGCCUUGAGUGGUGGUCAUUCGAGCUAAUUAUUCUGAUGUCUGGGCUCUUACUAAAUCCACAGCUUGAAACCUCAGUUCUUUCUGUGUGCCUAAAUACCAUUUCAACAUUGUAUACAGCAGCACAUGGGCUAAGUGUUGCAGGAGGCACAAGAGUCUCAAAUGAACUUGGAGCUGGAAAAGCGCAAGCUGCUCGAAUCGCUACCUUUGCUAUAAUCUUUCUAACAAUCAUAGAGACAACUAUAGUAAGCACAUCACUCUAUGCAAGCCGCCGUGUUUUCGGUUACAUUUUCAGCAAUGAGAAGGAAGUUGUGGAUUAUGUCACGGAAAUGGCUCCUCUGAUUUGCAUAUCCGUUGUACUAGACAGCUUCCUAGGGGUCCUUUCAGGUGUUGCUAGAGGAUGUGGAUGGCAGCACAUAGGGGCUUUUAUAAACCUUGGGGCAUAUUAUCUUUGUGGAAUUCCAAUAGCUGCAACAUUGGGUUUCUGGUUUAAGCUCAGAGGAAAAGGCCUCUGGAUUGGCAUACAAUGUGGUGCUUUUGUUCAAGUUUUUCUGUUGUGUCUUGUUACUAGUUGUACAAACUGGGAAAAGCAGGCAAGUAAGGCAAGAGAGAGGAUAUUUGAGUAUACAUCUCUCAGAAAUGGAUUGGAGGACCGGGGAGAGUUAAAAUAGAAUAUUAGAAUUGUCUGAUGAAUGUAUUUUUCUUGUACACGGUUGUAGCGGGAAAAAUUUUGUUUCCACAAUGAGAAAACUAGUACUAGUCUAUAAGGCGGAAGUUUGCCAAAAUGACAAUUCUACGAAAUAAAAUUAGUAAAAUGAUCUUUUUUAUUUUUACACAGAGAGUGAUCCAUUUUGUCACAUAGUGUAAAAGUAUU